AUUUAUUGCGUGGCUCUUCCAUCAGAGACAGUUCCAGAUGCGGAAACCGGUGUGGAUGCCACUGAAAUAGUGCAUUUAAUUCUUUUUCGUGAAUAAUCCUGACAUGAAUUCCUCAUGAUGACGAAUUUUAUAUCACCAAGAUAUGGCAUGGGUAGUCUUAAAUUGGCUAAAUCAUUUUGUUUACUUGUAUUACUUCUCCAAAUCUUGACCUUCUGUUCGGUCUUUUCUGCGAUUCAUCCUUUGAGUCGCGUCGCCGAACUUAUGGGGGAGGAAACAGACAGAGUUGGCACCCGAUCCAGACGGACGAGCUCCAGUAUAGAUACAAAGUACUACCAUUCCUACGACGAUUUGAGCCACCUUCUUAGGCUGUUUUCUAGAGAAUACCCAUCAAUCACAAACUUGUCGAGCAUUGGGCAGAGUGUACAAGGGAGAGAGUUGUGGGUGAUGCAAAUAACAGACAAGCCAGGGGUUGUUGAGAAUGAAGAGCCGUGGUUUAAAUAUGUUGGUAAUAUGCAUGGAAAUGAAGUUAUCGGACGGCAGAUUCUCAUCUACCUCAUUGAGCACUUGCUCCUGAAUUAUGGAAAAGAUGAGAGAGUGACGAAAAUUGUGGAUGAGACCAACAUCUAUAUCAUGCCAACCAUGAAUCCUGAUGGAUUUCAUAUGGCUCAUGAAGGGGAAUGCUCUUGGCAAGGUAUUGGUUCAGGACGGGAAAAUGCAAAUGGAGUUGAUUUGAAUCGUAAUUUCCCAGACCAGUUCCACACCAACCCAGCAGAUAAAUGGAAGAAUCGUCAGAAGGAGACCAUGCUAAUGAUGAAAUGGAUUGAGAGCAAUCCGUUCGUGCUCUCGUCCAACUUGCACGGAGGAAGCCUUGUUGCCAGUUAUCCUUUCGAUGACACCCGGAAUCAUCGUCCAAAUCAGCUUGGGAGUUACAGCAAGUCUCCUGAUGAUGCACUCUUCAAGAAGUUGGCUACAGUGUAUUCCAACAAUCAUCGGGUGAUGCAUACUAAUCCUGGUUGUCCUGGUUACAGUGAGAAUUUUCCUGGAGGGAUUACCAAUGGAGCACAGUGGUAUGAUGUCCCAGGUGGGAUGCAGGAUUUCAACUAUAUGAACAGCAACUGUUUUGAGAUCACAAUUGAACUGUCCUGCUGCAAAUAUCCUCACGUUAGUCAACUUAAACAGGAAUGGGAAGACAACAGACCAGCUCUUCUGGCAUAUAUGGAAAUGGUGAGUUACACCAGGGGAGAAAGUGCAACUGUACCCCCUUUCAGUUUUUUAAAGUGAUGAAAAGAAGACGAA